AUGUACAAAGACUUCUAUGCCUCGCCAAAUGAUGUUCCUGGAUCGACAAUGGAUAUUUACCGCGAUCUUCAUCGUUACUACGGACUUCAGCACAAAUCUUUCGAAGACGCGUUGCCGGAAAUUCGAGCGGAAUAUUUUGCUAGAAUCAAAGCUACUUUCGUGAUGGGAGCGACGUUACAGACAGCCUUUACAGUUUUUUCGAUCCUGUUAUUUGUGAUUUUAGCGACUCAAGUAGCGGCGCAGGUUUCAAAUAAGACGAAUGAAGAAGAAGUUGAAUCUACCCUCAACGAAAGAGUAGAAAGCGAGGUCGAACAGAUAAUCUCCCAGAUCCAGUCCCAAAGUUUCGAUCAAAAAGAAAUCGAGCGAAAAUGGCAGUUCAUCGUAAACGAACUCAAUUUGGGAAAAGCAGAAAACGUCGAGAAGAGUCUCGAAGCUUCUUGGACUAAUAUUCAAACGAAAGAUUUCAUCACAGGCGCUCCUUUAGCCAACAAAACUGUUUACCCUUGGAGCUUCAAAAAUGCUGAUUUCCGUGAAUCUGUCGAAUCCAGAGGCAAUAUUCUUCCAUUCCCUUUAAAUUAUAUUCCUCCUGUUGAGUUUCAUUCCUCUGUUUUAAAUGCGUACAGGAAGCAGGCCUUAAAAUACCAUCCUGACAAAAACCCGAACGAUAAAGCAGCGGAAGCAAAAUUCAAAGAUGUCAAUGCAGCAUUCGAAUGCUUAUCCGACAAGAAGAAGAGAGACACGUACGAUUCCUUCGGCGAAGAGGGAUUGACCCAGGGAGGCGGCGGUGGCGGCUUCGGAGGCGGAUUUGGUGGCGACCCAAAUGAUAUCUUCCGAAUGUUCUUUGGCGGCGGAGGAAUGGGUGGCAUGGGCGGAAUGGGAGGUCGAGGAGGCCGUGGAAAUCCAUUCGGCGGCGGACGUGGUGGAUUCAACUUCGGAAUGGACGACCUUGAUGAUGAUGAUGGAUUUGGUUUCGGCGGCUUCGGUGGGGGUUGUCCCGGUGGUCGAAGAAGACGGCCAGAACCAUUGAAGCCAGGAGCGAACCUCGAAGUCGACUUGAAGUGCUCACUAGAAGAUCUUUAUACUGGAGCAACGAAGAGAAUGAAGAUCGGAAGAAAGCGAAGAAAUCAAAUGGGCGGCUACAUUACUGACUCAAAAGUUUUAACAGUAAAUCUCAAGCCCGGAUGGAAGGAAGGAACAAAAAUAACCUUCAACAAGGAAGGCGAUGAAAAGCCAGGAUAUGAAGCCGAAAAUAUCGUAUUUAUUAUCAAGCAAAAACCCCAUGAUUAUUGGGAGCGAGAAGGGAAUGAUUUGAAAAAGACGAUUGAGAUUCCACUAAAAGUUGCUCUUCUUGGCGGAGAAGUACCGUUGAAAAUGCUCAAUGGAAAUUCUGAAAAUAUUCGUAUUUCGAGGAUGGAAAAGCCUAAUACCGAGAAGGUUAUUUUCGAAAAAGGAAUGCCCAUUUCUAAGAAGCCUGGAACCUUUGGCGAUAUGAUUCUCACCAUCAAAACCCUCUACCCAAAAAAUCUUUCAACCGCUGACAAACAGUUUCUUGCCGACUUGCUCUAG